AUGUACAGGCAAGGUGCCCGGAAUGCGAUUGGCGCUGCAGAGAAUGCCCUCCUCUUGGCCGAGUUGGUCAAGAGUCUCAUUACCCCCGGUGUUACCGCCGACCAACACGAAAAGGCCCGGUCUAUCCUCACAUCCAUGGGGGACCUCAAAGGACUAACUGCCAGCCUCAACAUCAUCGUCGCAGACCAUGCUACUGAGUCUGAGUCCCCCCAGCUUGGGUCUGCCAUUCGGGCGGCUUAUAACUCUGGCGGAAGCGCUACAACAGGCUCCCGAUUCAACGACACCCCAAUUCCUAUCGACCUGACCGGGUCCCUAUCUGCCCGUAAGCGAAGGGCUACUCAGUUAGUCGAUCUGGAAUCAGAUGAAGAUCUGGCACAAUUCGAGGAAGCCGCCGAUCGAACCCGAGACGGUAUUCCGACCACCCCACGACCUUUGCCUGCGAUGGGUGGGACUAAAGGACUGACUACAGGUCUAGACAUGAUCAUAGGCGAGCAAUUCCCGGAACUGGCGCCUAGCUCAAUCGACUCCGUUCUUCGAGCUGCACACGCUGGCCGCAGCGGAAGCGCCUCUAACACUUCCAAGAAGUUCAACGAUAAACCUAUUCCGAUCGACCUUACCGGGUCGUCUUCCAGCCGGAAGCGCCAGGCACCAGAUCAUGACUCGGACGAGGACCUCCUGGGGGCAUUGAACGCCCCAACUACAACACCCACCAGCGCUCCCCCUGUCCGCCGUUGCCCGCAUGGCGGGGAUUCAUAA